UAUGUAUGUGUAUUUCCCACGAAAAUUAGCCGGGAUUGGACUGUGCUUGUGAAAUUUCCUCGAGCAGAGCACCAUCGUUUAUCUCAGAACAGAAGAUCGGCGUGGGCUCCCUGUUCGGCGAACGAAUCGCGUUAUCCACCAGCCACCAAAUGCUCCCGCUCCGCCGCCUACCGCCGCUCCCACUGCCACGCGGCCCCGCACCCCGCCGUCUCCUGUCAGCCGCGGCAUCCGCGGCCGCCGCCUCGCCGCUCCCAUGGCCGGGCCUGCACGCCUGGCGCAGGGCGCCGCCCAGCGACCUCCGCGCGUGGGGUCCCAACGGCCCCUGCGCCUCCGACGCCGACGAGGCGGCCGGGGGCCCGUCCGAAGCUGACGCCGGCGGUUCGUCGCUCGCGGAGAUGGGGGCCCUGGUGCUGUCCACCGCCGACCCCCUCGCCAAGGCGCGGCUCACGCACGCCGCCUUCUCCCGGUGGGCCGCGGGGCUCCCCGUCGGCCAGGCCGCGGCCCCCGACCACCCCGCCAGGCCCGACAAGCCCCUCGUGGUGACGCAGAAGGAGAUCAUCACCCACAAGAAGAUGGGGGUGCCGCUCAACGCGUACAUGCUGCACAACCUGGCGCACGUCGAGCUCAACGCCAUCGACCUCGCCUGGGACACCGUCGUGCGGUUCGCGCCGCUCAGAGACACGCUGGGAGAUGGCUUCCUCGCGGAUUUCGCUCGUGUGGCCGACGACGAGAGCCGCCACUUUCGGUGGUACUCGCAGCGGCUAGCUGAGCUUGGGUUCAGUUAUGGUGAUAUGCCGGUUCACAAUCUUCUUUGGAGGGAGUGUGCAAAGUCGUCAAGCGAUGUUUCUGCACGAUUGGCAGUGAUUCCUUUGGUUCAGGAAGCUAGAGGCCUUGAUGCUGGACCAAGAUUAGUCCAAAGGUUGUUUGGUUUUGGGGAUCAUCGAUCAGCAGACAUUGUGGCAAGAGUAGCAGAGGAAGAGCUUGCACAUGUUUCUGUAGGUUUGUAUUGGUUUCUGAAAGUAUGCCAAAUGAUGGGUCGUGAACCUGGUGAUACUUUUAAAGACUUAAUAAAGGAGUAUGGUGUUGUAUUGAAGGGUCCAUUUAAUUAUCCGGCUCGUGAUGAAGCUGGUAUACCUCGAGAAUGGUAUGACGAGAAGUUUAAACAGGAAUCUGCAAAAAAACUUGCAGAGGUGCAUGAUAGACUAGCUUGUAUUGUUGAGAUGGAGAAAGAGAAUGCAAGUUUGAAUGGCUAAGUGGCACUUGAUGUACAUGAGAGACUGGGUAGGCACUCGACUAAUUUUUUACAGUGUGUAAACUUACUCUUCUUGAACUCUGAAAAGCUAUUUUAUUUAUAUUUCAUAUAAAUUGUUGACAACCAUAUUUUUCUUUUCAGUUUGAGAUAGAUAAACUUGACUAUCAAUCCACCAUCAAUCAGAUCAUAAAUUCUUCAGAUUGUAGGACAAAAUCAUAUAUUCUGACAACUAUGCUCUAACCUUGCUAAUGAUCCAUAACCUGUAAAUGGUCUCCCGUUGAAAUUAUCUCUUGAAUGCGCGAAGAACAAGCAGGAUUUCGCCAUAACCUUAGUAUCACAUUUCUAUUUGAAUAACAUUGAAUAAAGUAUUUAAUCUUGAACAUUUUAGGUUUUUUUCUGGCUGGAGGGGAAAAAAGUAAAUCAUCAAUGCAUGUUAUACAACUCAUCUGUGUAUGUUUGCAAAGAUACCUGGUGUCAAGUGGGACACCAGAUCUUGUAGGCUGGAAACUGGAAGUCUGGAACCGAAAGCUGGAGGUUGCUGGAUUAUUUAAAAGAGCAUUCAUGGUGGAUUUGGAUUGGUAGAAGACAGACAAUCCCAAUUCUUCAUUCUGCUGCCAGCUUAGUGAGAUACCAUAUGUUGUCUCCAGCCCUGUAAUUUAUCAUCCUAAUGGCUGUACUGGUUAAUGUGUAUGGUUGAUUCCAUAUCAUCACAGCAAAGCUUUAUCAUCAUGAAUUCAUGAUUAGUAUAGUCAGUCCAAGAAGGAUGUGUCAAGGAAGAUUAGUUUAUUAUCUUUUUCUCGAUUGAGCAAUUAUUGCAUUGGGAUGAUCUGGAGGACAGGAUUGAAUACAACGAGUAUGUAGUUAAAUUUCUGUCUCCA